AUGAUGGCGCAGUUGCUUUUUCAUAGCAUUUGUCCUUUUUUAAUUGCAUCAUAUGGUUGUUUUGUGAUAGUCAUGUCAGAUGUUCUUGGAAAAGAUCAAGAUGCAAAAAAAACCGAGACGGGAAAAGAAGGUUCCGGCAGGAAUGCUACAUCGGCGGGAGUAUCUGUGCUCGGCACUACUAAUCAAGCAGAAAAUGAUAAUUCGGGUGUUCUGUCUUCGACAGUUAAAAACCAGAAUUUAUCGACAAAUGCUAUGCCAAUUUCGAAAAGAGUAGUUCCAAGAAAAGAUUACAAGCUAAUCCAGAAAGUGGAGGAAAAAGUAGUGCAAGAAAAAAGUAUACGAACUGGAAGUCCUAGGCGCCGAAGGGCGACAUUGUUACAUUUUGUUCCAAUAAACGAUUUACCAGAUGUUGCGCGUGUACAACUACUGCUUAGCAACAUUAGUGAACGACCGUUGCAGUUCAAACUGAAAAGUGAACCGGGUCCAGAUAUCUCUGCACUGCCAAGCGCAAGAGGUCAUAUUAAUGCGCAUGGCUCAGCGAAAUGUAUCUUAACAUGGCGCCGUGAAGCAAAUGUCGAAAAAUGGUCAGAUGCACAGCAGCCAAAAAUGCUUCUUGUUCUGGAUUUUCUUCGUGAUAAGACGAAAAAUGAAAAACACACUCUGACAAGACUUAUUGGUAAGGUUGUAUCCGGUCAAACUUGUGAUUCAGAUAGACCACCCAUCGAACAGCUUAUGCUGGAUGCAACUACUAAUGAAUCUUCUCGAUCGAUGUCAAAGGAUUCCUUACUACUCGACCAAGCACAUAUUCCUAGAAAUGAAAUAGAAGAGAAGGAUAAAGCGAAAUCGGAAGGUAUAGUGAAUAGUAUUGCAGAUUGGUUCAAUCAACAGUCAAAAGAUUCUCUACUUGGAUUGCUUUUUUUGAUGAUCUUCUUCUUUUUUCUGGGGACGAUAAGUAAUUCCAAGCAAAAACAGCAUGACUAG